CAAUUAGAGCUCCCACCACAUUAUGGCAUUUGCUACACAUACCAUCUGUUUUCCCUGUAAUGAAAGUAUCAGUGAACCGUGUAGCAGAUCUGGACUUAUAAUUAAAGAAAGGCUUUUAAAGAAGAGGUUGGUCUAUUUUCGUGGCAAAGUUGUGGUGAAAAUUUGGUCCAGUAGCAGAAAGUCGAUACACUCCCAGUUGAUAAGGUCUUAUACUUAUGACCUGGGCUCAAGAUGUUCAUGUCUGCUCUUAGGCAGAAGAGACAGAGUUUCUUCAAUGUCAAGAAAUAAUGCAAGAAUGCCUGAGGCAAAAGAGGCAUUUGAAUUUAUGGUACAAGUUCUGUCAAAUUCUAUGAAUGAAUGGAGCCGGUUACAGUUGAUGAAGUGGCUGAGUGGCUGCCUAUCGUCCCAACUUCGGGUUUUCCUUUUGUUCUUCUUCCCUACUCUAAAAUUUUCAUAUGUCGGCAGUUAUCAUGGCAAGAAUGCUGACUCUUCGGAUAAUGAGGUCCCUAAGAUGACUUCAAUACCAUCAAGAGAUGCUCGGACUGGUUCAUUCUGCUAUGGUACCGUUUGUGGCGGUGGAGCUGGUCCUUCGUCUGUGCAUCGAAGGCAAGAAGACACCAGACAGGCUUUAUCUCCUUAUUAUAUGUCUCUUGCACCCUCAGAAGAUGGAGGCGACGAUGCCAGUGNACUUUUGCAGAUUAAAUGUGGAGACCUGUUUGAAAAUAGUGUUGUGGAUGAAUUCAAUGAGUGUGCAGUCUCAAGAAAGAAGUGUGUUCCUAAGAAAUCUGAUGUAGGAGAAUUUCCUGUGCCUGACCCUUCUGUUCUCGUUAAAAACUUUAACAUGGCAGAUUUCAGUGGGAAGUGGUUCAUUUCUAGUGGCUUAAAUCCCUCCUUUGAUACUUUUGAUUGCCAGUUGCAUGAAUUCCAUACAGAAUCCAACAAACUUGUUGGAAAAUUAUCUUGGAGAAUACGAACUCCAGAUGGUGGUUUUAUUGCUCGAUCAGCUGAGCAGAGAUUUGUUCAAGAUCCAGUUCAUCCUGGGAUACUCUAUAAUCAUGACAAUGAAUAUCUUCACUAUCAAGAUGACUGGUAUAUAUUGUCAUCCAAGAUAGAGAAUAAUCCAGAUGACUACGUAUUUGUGUACUACAGAGGCAGCAAUGAUGCAUGGGAUGGAUAUGGUGGUGCUGUUGUGUACACAAGAAGUUCAGUUUUGCCUGAAACCAUUGUACCUGAACUUGAAAAGGCGGCCAAAAGUGUAGGAAGAGACUUUAACAAGUUUAUCAGAACCGAUAAUACUUGUGGACCAGAGCCUCCCUUAGUGGAAAGACUGGAAAAAACAGUUGAAGAAGGGGAGAAAACCAUCAUAAGAGAGGUUGAAGAGAUAGAAGGUCAGGUAGAGAAAACUGAAAUGACUUUGUUUGAGAGGUUAGCAGAAGGGUUCAAAGAGCUUCAACAAGACGAGGAAAAUUUCCUAAGAGAACUAAGUAAAGAGGAGAAGGAUCUAUUGAACCAACUAGAAAUGGAAGCGAACCAGGUGGAAAAUCUCUUCAGACGAGCAUUGCCAAUUAGGAAGCUACGAUAAAGUUGAAUAACUAAGAUAGAGUUUUCAAGUAAUUAACACCAUAUGUUUACUAUUUUUUUGGAAAUUGUACAGCUCUCACAUUUUAUUUCCAGUUUGCAGAAGAUGAAAUCUCUGAUUUAAUUCUUUCUA